GCAAGAUUAAACCCUAAACAAUCCCUAAUCUCACCUCUCUCUUUCCCUCUCUCUGCCGAGCCCUUCCUCCCUCUCUACUGCUGCUGCCGGCGGCAGCCUUCUCCCUCACCCUAGCCAUUUCACAAACCCCUUCCUUCUUCCAUCCUCCAAACAACCUAAUCACCAUUUCGGUGAUUCCUUUGUUACACCAAAUCCCCAACCCCGAUAGAACCUAACCCUAAGGUUCUAUCAUUUGGUAUCAGAGCCUGGCUCUUGAUUCCUGAGCACAGAAGUACGACGAUCAAGAUGGUGGCCACGAAAUCCAAGGCUGCAGCUGAGAAGGCCACAAAGGCGGCGCAGGAGGCUGAGCACGCGGCGACCGGACAAACGUCCACCGGCGAUGAAGCGGCCGACUAUCCCGGUCCACGGGAUGGAGAAAUGGUGGACGAGACGCUGGGAGAGGAGCUCCGUGCAGAGAUGACCAAAAUGGCGGAGGCCAUGGAGCAGGAGCGCCGAUCUCGGCUGAAGGGUGAGCGAGCUAGGGAGACCGAGGCGCGAGCUCGCGAGGCGGAGGCGCAGAAGGUGUGGCUCGCCAUCGGCGAGCUGAAAGCAAUGUUGGCCGAGGCCUUGGGGCGAGUCGGAGAAGGCGGCGGCGCCGCGGGAGGGCCGGGGGCCCUGUCGGGCACCACGGCAGAAGGGUCGGGCUUGGGGGGCGGCCCCGGCGUUGAGGGCGUGGCGGCGAGCGCCGCGUUCGGCGGGGGCAGCGCCGCGGUGGGGCCUGCAGCGGGCAGUGACGGUGCGGGCACGGCGGGAGGAAAGAAGGCGGCGGGCACGGCGGCCGCCGACCCCGACGCGGGUCUCGAGGCGCCUGUGAAGGACUCGGCGGCGCUGAUGACGGCCGGGACUGGACCGCGAGCAGGAGGAGGCGGGCCGGGAACCGGGCCGGUGCAGAUUGGGCUAGGUAUGGGCCCGGGCCUGUUACCGACACCUACGGCCCAGGAAAUUGCAGCCCGGAAGGGAAAAGCCAAAAUGCCCGGGUAUGAGGGUGAUGGGCCUCUCAUGAACCGUGAACUGGACUUGGUGGGCCAAUACAACCAGAUCCAUAAUGCCCUGGGCUGGUUGGGACUGGAAGACGGGCCCGAUGGUGAUGAGCUUAGCUUGGCGGACCAACCGGUCAAGUGGGCUGAACCAGAGUUGGACCAGAGGGGGCCAGGCGGGCCGAGGAGGGCAACCGAACCGGGGGGGCAGACCGGAAUCGGGCUGGCAGCGGCUGACCGGGUCGAGUUGAGUCGAACCGGGCCGGGUCGGACCAGUAUGGGUCGACCGGAGGUGGGUCGGAAUGGGCAUCACCCGAGUCCGACUGUUCAGCAUUACCGGAGGAUGGACAGCAGGGAACCGGACCGUUGGGAGGGUCCAUACGGGGCGCCUCCAGCGCCAGGAGGGCACCCGAACUCGACAGGCAGCCAUCCGGGUGACUUUGGCCAGGGGAAUCCAAACCGGAUGCCGGGCUUUUCUUACGGGCAGCCGUGGGGGACUCCAGGAAAUGACAGGUAUGGGUCUCACUGCAUGAACUAUAAGGGCAUGGAUGGUGUAGUCUUUCGAGCUAAGCCUCCGACCAUUGAGGAUCCUAAAUUCAAUGGGCAAGAGGAUGCAGGUUUAUGGUUGUAUGCAGUUGAGAGGUGGUUCAGAAACCACCCGAUUCCGGAGGAGAGGAAGGCCUAUCUAGCAUCCUUCUAUUUGGAGGGAGAUGCACUGCAGUGGUGGGAAUGGAUGGAGCGGUCGUACGCAGCCGCUUCCACUCUGAUCACCUGGCCUAUGUUCCAGGAGGAGCUUCGCUAUCAGUUUGGGAAGUCAGACGGGUGGGCCCCUGAGCAGUUGGCCAAAUUGAAGCAGACAGGCACGGUGGCUGAAUACCGUGCAGAGUUCUUCAAGUUGGGGAAUCAGUGUAAAGGGGUCUCAGAAGACACCCUAGUUGGGCUGUGCAUGGCGGGUCUGAAGCCCGAGAUAGCGGCGGCAGUCAGGGUGUUCGAGCCUGGGUCCCUAAAGGCGGCUUUCCGCCUUGCAGGUCAUAAGGAGGAGGAGCUGGCCAGCUGGAGGAGUGUCAUUGGCCGCUUUCCGAAGUCAGGGGGCGGUGGAGGCAGUAGCGGAGGUAGUGGAGGCGCAGGUGGAACGACCGGGGGAGGCACGACCGGGGCUAACCUAGGCGGUGGAGGCUCUGCUCCUGUGGCUAGGAUGGGACCACGGCCCAUACCAAAGGGGUUCGUGCGACUGUCACCAGCCGAGAUAGAGCAGAAGAGGCGAGAGGGCAAGUGCUUCAAUUGUGAUGGGCGGUUCACCAUCGGGCACCAGUGCCCGAAGCCGGACUUGAUGAUGCUGGUGGGACGCUGGGAGGAUGAAGCGGAAGAUGAGGCCGAUGAAGGUGGGCAUGGCAAGGAAGAGACCCAGUGAGCUAGAGGAACAACCUUGGGGACAAGGUUGUUUUUCGAAGGAAACGGGGAUGAUAGAAACCGGUUUUAGUAAUUUUAGUUAAUUGUCGGAUUGUUGCUGUGGCAACCGUCCCGUCCGGGGGUCCGAAUGUCGUCGCGUCGGCGUUUUUGGGAGUAGCCAUCGAUCUUACUUGGAGUGGAUCGAACACUCUUCGGUCGGCUCUAACCUUAGGAUCAGAACCGAGAUAUGGUCUGCAGUUAAGAGAUAUGGGUUCGGGAGUACGGUUACGUGUGGGGAAGUUAAGCAACACCCCCACAACGCCCUAAAUCGGUACUACUUAAGUUUGAUAAGUUUUAUAUUAAUUGGGUGUGUUUUUAGUAAUAAUUUUUAAAUUUUUAA